AUGCCUCCGCUGCUCCCCGGCGCCCCGCAACAGUUCCCCCCUGCCUCCCCGCAACAGUACUCCCCCGCCCCCCCGCAGUUCCCCCCCGCAUCCCCCCAACAAUUCGCCCCGCCGUCCCCGCAGUUUCCGCCGGGGUCCGCGCAGCAGUUCCCCCCGGCCUCCCCGCAUCAGUUCCCCCCAGCAUCUCCGCAGUUCCCCCAGGGCUCCGCGCAGCAGUUUCCGCCGCAGCAGUUUCCGCCGCAGCAGAUGUUCGGAAUGGGGUUCGCGCGCGGACCUCCGGGGCAGUUUUCCCCUUCCCCCAACUUCUCUCCGCCAACCAUGUCCGCGCAAAACGUCCCCCCCGGUCUGGGCGCGCAAGCCAUGAGUCCGCUGAUGGGUCCGCCGUCCGCACGGAACGGACAGGUGUCUCCGAAUGGGAGGCAGCAGGGGAUGGAGGGGCGGCAGAGUCAGCAGCAGCAGGGGCAGAUGAAGAAUAAAGGCUCUGGCGCUGGAAAUGCGGGGAUGGGAGCGGGUGGUCCUGCUGGUGGGGGUGGGAAUCAGCGGAGGGGGCAGCAAGCGAGGGCAGGGCAGCAGCCCACGGAGGAGAGCACCCAGCGGACGGUCUAUGUGUCUGACAUCGACCACCAGGUGACGGAGGAGCAGCUCGCCACUCUCUUUCUCUCCUGUGGCCAGGUGGUGGACUGUCGGAUCUGUGGGGACCCCAAUUCGGUGCUCCGAUUUGCAUUCGUGGAGUUUACAGAUGAAGAGGGGGCCAAGAACGCGUUGAGCAUAGCAGGCACGAUGCUAGGAUACUACCCGCUCCGGGUGCUGCCUUCUAAGACCGCCAUCCUGCCAGUCAACCCCACCUACCUCCCCAAGAGCCAGGAGGAGAGGGAGAUGUGUGCUCGCACUGUGUAUUGCACCAACAUUGAUAAGAAGGUCACUCAGGCAGAUGUGAAGCUCUUCUUUGAGUCUCUCUGCGGAGAGAUCUCUCGUCUCCGUCUGUUGGGCGAUUACCACCAUUCUACUCGCAUUGCCUUUGUUGAAUUCGUGAUGGCUGAGAGCGCCAUGGCAGCAUUAAACUGCAGCGGAGCCAUCCUGGGCUCACUCCCCAUCAGCACCGCGCCACCACACCUAUCCACACCUAGCGUUCUCCCCCAGGUGGAGAGCGCGAUGGCAGCAUCAAACUGCAGUAAAGCCAUCCUGGGUUCACACUCCCCAUCAGCUUUUGAGUCGACUCAAAGCCAUCCUGGGUUCACUCCCCAUCAGGUCAGUGAAGCUCCUCCCUGA